AUGUCAGAUACCGAGUCUCUCUUUGACGGUGGGUUGUUUGAAGAACCUGAGGAGUUUCAAAGAAAGGAAAUUCCUUCACAUUUUGCCAAAUACGAAAGAAAAUACCAAACACCAGAGUUCCAUCAUUCUAUUGAUGAAAUCCAGCUGAGGUUGGUUGGCAAAUCCCCCCUAUGGGGGCACUUGUUAUGGAAUGCAGGUACGUAUACUGCCAAUUACAUUGAAAAGCAUCCCAAAGAAGUUAGGGGGAAGAAGGUGGUUGAGUUUGGUGCAGCGUCUGCACUACCAUCGUUACUAUGUGCCUUGAACGGAGCAGAGAGGGUGAUAUGUACAGACUAUCCAGAUCCAGAUUUGUUGUCGAACAUCAAGUACAACGUUGAACAUCUGGAGUAUUCGCCGGCACAAGAGAUCAUAGACGUUGAAGGUUUCAUUUGGGGUAAUCCGGUUGAGGACAUUUCCCGCAAACUAGGCGGCAACGGCAAGGCCGACUUCCUCAUUAUGAGUGACUUGGUGUUCAACCACAGCGAGCACCACAAACUCCUCAAAUCAUGCAAGGAACUCAUCCAACCACUGGAGGAGGGCAAACCCAGAAGUGGUGGUAGAUGCUUGGUUGUCUGGUCACCGCACCGACCAGUGCCAAAGAUGGUGGAAAACGAUUUCAAGUUCUUCAGUGACGCCGAGGAGCUGUUCAAUUUUGACGUUGAACACGUGGAAAUGGUCCAUUGGGACCAUCCAAUGUUCCCCGACGACCCCAAGGAAACCGAGGAAAUACGAAAGAGGGUCUACUGCUACAUCCUCCACCCGACGUGGUGA